GCGGGAGCAGGGCCCGCCAUGCCCGCGCUCGCUCCUGGCGUCUCCGGCUGGGCCGCCGCAGUGUACCUGUCCGAGCUGUGGUACAUGCCUUGAGGUGAUGAGGAGGUUUCUGUUACUCUAUGCCACACAGCAAGGACAGGCAAAGGCCAUCGCGGAAGAAAUAUGUGAAAAGGCAGUUGCAUAUGGAUUUUCUGCAGACCUUCACUGUAUGAGUGAGUCAGAUAAGUAUGAUCUAAAAACUGAAACAGCACCUCUUGUGGUGGUGGUUUCUACCACGGGCACCGGAGACCCACCCGACACAGCCCACAAGUUCGUGAAAGAAAUACAGGACAAAACGCUGCCGAUUGAUUUCUUGGCGCACCUGCGGUAUGGCUUGUUGGGUCUGGGCGACUCAGAAUACACGUACUUCUGUAAUGGGGGGAAGGUAAUCGACACGCGACUGGAGGAGCUUGGUGCGCGGCGUUUCUAUGCCACUGGACACGCGGACGACUGCGUGGGUUUAGAACUUGUGGUUGAGCCUUGGAUUGACGGACUUUGGGCUGCCCUCGCGAAGCAUUUUGAGUCAAGUAGGAGAGAAGAGAUGAGUGGAACUCUAGCCACAGCACCUAAUGCUUCCCGGAGGACAGACCCUGUGAAACUGGAAUCAAGACACAUUGAAUCACAAGUUGAACUUCUAAGAUUAGAUGAUUCAGGAAGAAAGGAUUCUGUGGUUUUGGAACAAAAUGCAGUGAACGGAGGUCAAUCGAGUGCUUUAAUUGCAGACACUGAUUCCUCACUCACCCAUUCAGUCCCCCCACUUUCUCAGGCCUCUCUGAACAUCCCCGCUUUACCCCCGGAGUAUUUACAGGUGCACCUGCAGGAGGCCCUGAGCCAGGAGGAAAGCCAAGCAUCUGUGACUUCAGUGGGUCCCGUGUUUCAAGUUCCAAUUUCAAAGGCAGUUCGGCUGACUACGAAUGAUGCCGUAAAGACCACCCUUCUGGUCGAGUUGGACAUUUCGGAAACGGAGUUUACCUAUCAGCCUGGAGAUUCCUUCAACGUGGUCUGUCCCAACAGCGAGUCUGAGGUACAGAGCCUGCUCCAAAGACUGCAGCUCUCAGACCGAAGGGAACACCAUGUCCUCGUGAGAAUUAAGGCAGACACCAAGAAGAAAGGAGCAGCCUUGCCCCAGCAUAUCCCCGAGAAGUGUUCUCUCCAAUUCAUUCUUACCUGGUGCCUUGAAAUACGAGCAGUUCCUAAAAAGGCGUUUCUGCGGGCCCUGGAGGGCUGUACCAGCGAUGGCGCGGAAAAGCGAAGGUUGCAAGAGCUGUGCAGCAGGCAGGGGGCGGCCGACUACAACCGUUUUGUAAGAGAUGCCAGUGUCUGCCUGUUAGACCUGCUGCUGGCUUUCCCAUCCUGCCAGCCACCGCUCAGCCUCUUGCUCGAACAUCUUCCUAAGCUGCAGCCCAGACCAUAUUCAUGUGCAAGCUCAAGUCUGUCUCACCCGGGGAGGCUUCGCUUCAUUUUUAAUGUUGUGGAGUUUCUGUCCAGCACGUCGGAGGGUGUGCGGAGAGGCGUGUGCACGGGCUGGCUGGCCUCGCUGGCUGAGUCCCUUCUGCUUCCCGAUGGCGGGAAAGCCCGGGCUGCACAGAUACCCAUCUCUCCUCGAACAGCAAACUCUUUCCACUUACCAAGUGACCCCUCAGCCCCCAUCAUUAUGGUGGGUCCAGGAACUGGCAUCGCGCCCUUCAUUGGCUUCCUGCAGCACAGAGAGAAACUCCAAGAACAACACCCAGACAGACACUUUGGAGCGAUGUGGUUGUUUUUUGGCUGCAGACAUCGGGAUAGAGAUUAUUUAUUCAGAGAAGAGCUCAGACAUUUCCAUAAACGUGGAAUCCUCACUCACCUGAAGGUUUCCUUCUCCAGAGACAGUCCUGCGGGCGAGGAGGAAGCCCCAGUAAAGUAUGUGCAAGACAGCCUGCGGCUGCACAGCCAGCAGGUGGCAGGGCUGCUCCUCCAGGAGCAUGGACACAUUUACAUAUGUGGAGAUGCUAAGAACAUGGCCAAGGAUGUAAAUGAUGCCCUUGCAGAAAUAAUAAGCAAAGAGGUUGGAGUUGAUAAGCUAGAGGCACUGAAAACGUUGGCUACUUUAAAAGAAGAAAAACGCUAUCUUCAGGAUAUUUGGUCGUAAAAUCAGAAAAUGAAGAGGAUUACGUUUUUUUGGUUGAAAGUACUAAAAGACAACUUUAUUGAAGCUUGAGACUUUCAAUUUUUAAAGUUAAAUUUUUUUUUAACUUUAUUUGGAGGAAGUAGGGUGGGGAGUGGAGCACUAAACAAUGUAGCAAACUUCUGGUUCGGAUUUCCAACACACGCCCCAGCUUGUAGGCCCCCUGAGCUGGGGUCGGCCCUCACUCCCCCAGCACGUCCAGGGGUCCAGGGUCCGCU